AUGCUUGAAGAUAGCCUUCCGACCUACCAAUACAAAGCAUCCGACGACAAUCCACUUCACACACUCCUCUAUUUCUCGCACAACGGCUCCGACCCGGUCAUCGACUACGUCAUCAAGCACCCCGAUCCUGCGACCUCUAAAAAUGUAUACGCGGUUGGGCUGGUUGACCCUCACUACUCGUCUGUAAUAUACGGCGAGGUCCUCGUUCAACCAGAGUGGACUGCUCCUACGUUAUCUGCUGCCGAGCUUCGUGCGCAGAAUGGGGCCAGCACCGUCAUCCCAAUCAUCCCCGAGGCGUUCUCGAUCUUGCUUUACAACCCCGAUCAGACAAUUGACGUCAAGUGCCUGCAGAGCAAAUGGACAAAGUCUGACUCUUGGGAGUUUGAAGUUCCCGAACAUACAUUCAAGACGCCGAGCGGAAGCCAGCUGGAUCAAGAGAGCGGAAACAACAGAAUAUCAGAGCUUACGCCGAAGGUCUUGUUCCGCUGGAAGCGCGAUAGCAAGCUGAACAAGGACAUGACGUGCUACAUGACUGGCCGAAGUGUGGGAGGGCAAAAAAGCAAGGAACCGGAUAUCACAGUCGCCAUGUUCCGGGCGAGCAGGCACACAACGGCGGUCACCAUCUACGAGCCGAACAUGGCGCGAGUCGAGGUAGAGGAUCGCAAGGGCCUGGAUCUUAUUCUUCUGCUGACAGCAGAAGUGAUCAAGGAUCUUUAUCUGCUUCCCAAACAAGAUCUCUUUAAUUCCUCGGGUGGCCCUCCUCCAGUCGACAGUAGGCGACCCAACAUACCGCAAACGAGUCGCCCUCCUCCUGCUCAACCGACCGAAGUAUAUGCAUCAGGUGCUCUUGGAUUCUCUGCACCACCACCACCAGGCCCGCUACCUUCUCACAUGCCCCCUAGAGACUCCCGCCAGCAGGCUGAGAUUGAUGCCGAGACGCAAAGAUUAAAAGCUCUCGUGGCAGAGGAGGAGCGUCUAGCGCAGAACAGGGACCGCCGCGACGAAGAAGAAGCAAAACGCAUUCGCAAGAUGUUGGACAAAGAGGAGAAGGAAAGACAACGGCGACAAGCUGAGGUGGACAAGGAAACGGAACGCUUGCGCAAACAAUACGGCUUCAACGAUGCAGGCCCUGCUCUACCUCCACGACCAGCAUUUUCCGGCGCACCUCCGCCCUCCAAUGGCGGAUGGUACACCGGCCCAACUGGACACGGCCUUGCUCCUCCUACUCCCGCAACACCGCCUAGGCCUAGCAGUGUUGGCCCGGGUCAAGGAGGAAGUAUGAACAAGCUUGGGCAUGCUCUCGGCCAACUCAUGGGCCGCAGCGACGGCAAGGACCACAAGGUACAGAAGAAGAGAAGCUUUUGA